GAUCAGUGUAUUCAUCCUUAUUCCCAUCCACAACUGCAUUGAAUGAAAGGUAGACACUGAUUUAGCAUCAGGACUGGUUCGCAGUCGCUUAUAAUGUACACAGGCAUACAGGAGGUCAGCACCAAAUUCGAUGUUUGAAAAUGGCGGUGACUUUGAGGAACGCACUCAGAGAAGCUCUACAAUGCGGUUGGAGAUUUCGUGGAAACAAAUUUCCAUCGCCACUGCAAGCGCAUACUGGGUUCCUAUUACCAGCUGUGGCAGGUCAAAGCUCUCAAAGCAUCACAAAUCUCCCAAGCCGUGUCCCAGAAACGUCUUUAUCCAGACCGCCCUGGCCAGAGCUUCCCAUCAUUGACCACUUGGAAGAGGCAAAGCGACAUCAAGCGGUGGUACAGAAAGUAAGCAACAUUCUCACAUCACGGGAUUACGGGAGGCUUUUCGCAGUCGUCCAUUUUGCGAGUCGACAGUGGAAAGUAACAAAUGAAGACUUGAUCAUCAUUGAAAACCACAUAGAUGUCGAGUGUGGCGAACGAAUAAGACUCGAAAAGGUACUGCUGGUCGGUGGAGAGGAGUUCACGCUAAUAGGAAGGCCUCUUCUAAGCCGAGAUCUGGUCAGAGUGGAAGCCACGGUUAUUGAGAAGACCGAAUCCUGGCCCAGAGUCCACCUGCGCUUUCUGAGAAGGCACAGAUACCAAAGAAAAAGAAUUAUUAUUCAGCCUCAGACAGUACUUCGGAUUAACACGGUUGAAAUUGCCCCCAACUUGUCCUGAUUUCUCAUUCUACUAAUACAAUGUACAUUUGCACAGGGUUGUGUAUGAUUAAUAUUAAAGUUGGAUUUUCAAA